AGGUUAGGAUGACCGCUCCCAUGCUUCACUCUGCUCCACAGAUGUAAAUAUCUUCUCCGGCUGCACCGCAUUGCACUUUCUGCACUCAAAAUGAGAUGGAUUUGCAAUCAGCUGUUGGAAAGAAAAAGAGAAAGGAUAUAUAAACAGAGCACAUUCGUACAGCUGCGAAGCAAGCGCAUAUGUCGUAAUUAGCAUUUGAUCUUGAGAGUUGAGAUAAUUAUUGAUAGAUAGUUUAGCUGUUAACCUUCCGUGGCGGAGAACAUCCACAUACAUUGUUAAUGUAAAGAAAUACGACAGCAAGGAAGAAUAAUUAUACAACUCGAUAUAAUUGUGCACGUUCGCUCCACUGCGAAUUGGUUAGCUAAUUAAUAAAUUUUAGAUAGUUUGAAUUGUAAUCGAGUGUAAAUUGCUAUGUUAUCCAGAGUGACAGUUAAUAUUAUUAGGAGAUCGGUAUGCAGCAAUGCACGUACUCUUUGUCACACACCUCGAUGUCUCUUACAGUCGGAGCUCUCUUUGUGCAAGGAUGGUGCAAGGUCACAUAGUGUACAAAAUCAUUAUGACUUAUAUAUAGCAAAAAGAUUCAAGUCCAGUAAGAAGAAAAUUGCUAACAUUAGGAAAGACAAAGAUGAGGAUUCCGACGAGGAGAAAGAGAAAGACGAUGAGGUGGAAAUUCCUAUGGGUUCAAAAGUUAUUAAAAAAAAAGUACUUUCUCUUCGAUUAGACGCCAUUUCUAAAAUUGGAUUUGGAAUAAGUCGCAAUAAAAUUGAGGAGAUCUUCUAUGAUAGCAGACUUCGCGUAAAUGGAAAAAAAGUAUUAAAGAAAUCUAAAGAGGUGCAAAUAGAAGAUGAAAUCGACAUGAUUUUACAUCAAAGUGUGGACAAUCCUGGGUUCCUUGUUGUAAACAGAAUUGUGAUAUUAUCAAUAUAUCCUACACAUGACGGUAUACAAAUUAAAUUAUCUGUAGAUAGAAACUUACUAAUUGAAGAUUAUCAGGAUUCCUAUCUAUAACCUGUAAACUUUUUUACAAAUCAAUAAAAUUGUGUAUUGUACAAACAAUA